AAAGAAGAUAAAGCCACAAAGGCAGAAUUCUGUCUCUGGGCCUGUGAGAUUUUCUUAUCAAACGCUGCAUCAUGUGACAGAAGCCUUAUCUUUUUUAUAUAAACCUAUGUUUAGUUAAGAAUGCAAAGGCAUCAAACUGAACAAAUGCACUCUGUUUUAUUUGUAUUUGAUGCUCUUUAACCACUCAGGAACCUGCAGGCUAGGUCACACCUCCAACUCAGAGUUCGUUAGAGGAUUUCAGACAUAACUAUAUCAGCACCACUACAAGCAGUUAUUCAAAAACUUCCUGCUAAAUCUCCUCUGGAAUUGGGAGGCCUCCUACAAGCCUGAACUUAAUAAUUAUGAAUGAGAGUAUCACACAGCUGCUGGGAGAAUUAGUGUUAACUUGUUGGGCGCUUCAACAUUCCAUUCAGUGGAGGAGAGACCAGUCAAACUUGUUUAAAUUUGACUAAUUCCAGUGAAGAGGUCCAAAAACAAGCUGUUGAACAAGUAAAAACAAGUGGAUCUACAAUGAAUUCAGCCACCUUAAUGAUGCUGCUCGACCUGCUGAGUUCCUCCUGCAGGUUGUUUGUUGCUGAAUGGAGGUCCUAAAGGAGUUGUUCAAGUUGGCGCCCUUCUUGCUGAGUGUCGGUAUUUACUUUGUCCUGGCGCCACAAUCUACCUGUCCAAUAUGGAUGAGAGCUUUCCUGAAAUGCUUGCCGAUUCUGUUCCUGUGCAUGUAUAUUUUGACCCUUGGAGUAAAUGUGCACAUGCACUCCAAAACUCCAAAACUCCUCGCUGGCCUCCUAUUUUCAGCAGCUGGAGAUGUCUUCCGCACCCUGUCCACACAGCUGUACCACAUUCACGGUAACUCCUUGUUUGGGCUCGCGCAUAUCUGUUACAUCUGGAUGUUUGGUUUGAAACCUUUAAACCUGCUGGCAGGCCUUUUCCUGGUGAUUAUAGGCACUGUAUAUUUGCUGUUCCUCAGCAGAUGCCUCCGGGACCAAAAGCCCUUUCAGUGGGCAGCCUACAUCUACAUUAGUCUAAUAGGAGCCAUGGCCUGGCGUGCUAGUGCAGGCACACUCUUCAAUCGGAACUGGUCUUGGGUCAAACUGUUUGCCACUAUUGGAGGAAUGCUUCUUGUAGUAUCUGAUUUCACCUCUGCAGUUAGUGCAUUUUGUUUUCCUGUGUAUAACUCCGGAAUGAUUACAGCCACCUAUUAUAUAGCCCAGAUGCUUAUCACCCUCUCAGCUGUAAACACUAGGAACACAAUUGUCAGAAACAGAAAAUAAAGCAACUUACCAUUGUGUUACACUGUAAAGCAGUUGAGUAUGUCAUUCUGCAGCUGAUAAGACAUUGAGGUAAUGGCAGACUGGAAAUAAAGGCUCUUUUUUUUAACUGAUGCAAAGACGUAAGCCUUAUUCUUCUCCUCGUGUCUUCUUCUCUUGCC